GACAAGGAGAAGCCCGACUGGGCGGGCGACGACUUCCUCAGCAAGGUCGUCGACGCCGCGAUCUCGAACAAGCUCCUGUACGAGGGGCUCAUGAAGCCCAUGGCGCGCCGAACGCUCAUCAACACCGCGGAGAAGAACGGCGUCGCGUGGCGCGACAUCGCGAUCGUCGACGUGGGGUGCUCCGUCGGGAUCAGCACGCGGUACAUCUCCGACGCGUUCCCGACCGCGCGGAUGAUCGGGAUGGACCUCUCGCCGUACAUGCUCGCGGUCGCGAAGCGCGCGGACGAGGGGAAGCCGGGGGGGGAGGAUACGAAGAUGGAGGACGGCUCCGUGGACGUCGUCUCGCUCGCGUUCGUGAUUCACGAGUGCCCGGAGUACGCGACGCGGGCGCUGCUGACGGAGGCGGCGAGGAUACUGAAGCCCGGGGGGACGUUCGUGAUGACGGAUAACAACCCCAAGAGCGCGGUGAUUCAGAAUUUGCCACCCGCGCUCUUCACGCUGAUGAAAUCCACGGAGCCGCACAGCAACGAGUACUACACGAUCGACAUCGAGGGGAUGUUGACGGAGAUUGGGUUCGAGCACGUGCACACGGAGCAGACGGACCCGAGGCAUAGGACGGUGUUGGCGUCGAAGCCCAAGAAGUAACGUGGAAGACGGACGCGUCGAGUCGAGUCGAGUCGAUUCGAUUGAUUCGGUUCGAGUCGAUCGACGACGAAGCGAUCGGAUCGGCACUCUUCAUCACGCCGGCGACGUUUUAUUUUUCUACGCGAGAUACGAUAACAAC